AUGAUAAAUACUUUUGCAAAAGAAUGGCCAAAUGACAUCAAGGGAUCUACUGAUGAUUUUAUAGCUGAGAUGACCAUGUGGCACAGACAUUGUUUAAAUAUGUCAAAGGAUAAACGGCCUAGAACAUUUAUUGAGACUCUCAAAAAUUGUAAUUCUGCAUUGUAUCCAUCAAUACAUACAUUUUUGCAGAUUGGUGCAACUCUACCCGUUUCUGUGGCAAUAAGUGAACGGUCUUUUUCUUGUCUUCGAAGAUUAAAAACAUAUCUGCGCAACAAGACUGGUGAGGAGAGAUUAAAUGGAUUGAUGCUAUCAAACUUAUACAGGGACGUGGAAGUGACUUGUGAAGAGGUCAUUGACAUAAUGGCAAAAAAAACAAGACGCAUAGAUCUCGUUUUAUAA